CUGUAUAAAAUAUAGUUUCGAAGGUGAAAGCAUUGGGUGAAACUUGAUACUAUCGUAUCGUAUAAACCAUUGUGGUAUGAUCUGAUCUUAAUACAGCAAAUUCGAAGACAAUUGUUUUAGAAUGAUGGCAGAAAGUACAGAUCUGCAAAAAGGGAAAUUAGUUUUUGACUCUUCCCCAGGUGAACCUGGGGUUGGUUCGAUAAAUGCCGAGGAUUUUGAGGUUCAAAUUCGUGAUACAAACUCUCGUCAGACUUCUAGUGGAGAUAGGAAUUUAAGUCCUGAGAGGCUGGCAGAGUUAAAGAAAAAGUGCAAUCAAUUGGAAACGGAAAAAUAUUUCGCAUUAAAAGAAGGUUACUUUGACAAGGCAGUGGAAAUGUCUAAGAAUGAAUUGUAUUUCUCAGAUGUUGAUGGUAGUUACAUUGGUGCUUGGCUAGCAACAGAGAUAGAUCACUGGGACAAUGAGAAAGAGAGGCUUGUUCUCCUCACGCAGAAACAGCUUAUUGUUGUCAGGUUUAACUUCAUCACAACUAAGAUUGAAGAUCAUCGUAAGAUACCUCUGGUCAACUGUAUCAGAAUACAAACUGGGAGUCUCUCCUAUUCAUCCAGCACGUUUGGCUUCUAUCAGGAGUCAGCCAGGAAAGCAAACGAGGUUGGUCUACGUAUACACUGGAAUUCUGAAAGAGUACCAGGGACAUUUGACUUCUGGAAUCCAUGGUCAAAAGAUAUUCCACAUUUAACCCUGACUGCUCAUACCUCGGUAAAAUACAACGAAGCAUCACCAGAAUUUGCUGAUUUCUCUGCAUUGCAAAAGUCAUUAGUCGCCGCUGCAACUUCCGACAUCAGUCGAUCCCUUGUAACCGAUGAAGAGCCUAUUAUUAUCAACAUGAUACUGGGAAUAACAGCGCUUGUUCAUAACCAAAGCAAACUUGGUUUUUCCCGUGACAGAGGUGGCGUAGCCUUUUAAGGAAAUACUGUGUUACUAUGGGGAUUGCUUAUUUAUUACCUUCAAGGAUGUUACACUAAACCUUUCACUGGGAAAUGGUAGAGAUAGAUAUUGUUGUAAAUAUCCUGGUACAAAAACAUUCACAAUGUUUUUGAUAGCACCCAAAGUAUUGUUUUCAUUUUCUACAUCAGUAACAUAUUGUGACCAUUGGGAUGAGUAAACCUUAGUAAUAAGGUUUAUUUAUCUUAAUGUUCGCAACCAACCGGGUCUAUGUGCUUCACACUUAAUUGCGGAGACAAUUGUCUUCACUGCUAGACCAUUAGCACUUUAGAUUACCGGGAAUAUUGAAAAAUUUGUCAAUUUUUGCAAAAAUGAUUAGAGGUAUCAUUUUUGCAAAAACUGGUGAAAUGGUGAAUUAAAAUAUUUGAAGGCGAUAUCCUUAAUUAUUAAUAUUGGUAUUAAUGGUGAAGAUAAAUGGAAGUCAUAUCUUUCAUAAUAGACGCGGUUUUUUGACGUUCUGUAACUCAUUUUCUGUACUUAGACUUAGAGAUUUAAAA